AGUCCCGCGUCUGACCAAUCGUGUGCCGCUGUGGCUCAGCACCAUUGCAGUGUGUGUGUAUGUGUGUGGGGGGGAGAAUCAUACAUACGGAGGUACAGGUCGUGGAAAGAGGGAUCGUUUGGAGGAAAGAUACACGACCUGAGUGACCGCUCCGGAGGUAACGCCGCCCCUGUUUCCACUAUACGGUCACCGUGUGACAUCCCCGCAACCAGCUUUAGUCCGAGUGACCCUCUGUGAGUGACAGAUGUGUGGCGCUGUGGAGAACCACUUGCGUCUCCCAGUGGAGAUUUGAGUUCUGGGACACUGAGUAUGAGUGAAACGAAACGAGUCACGCUUGGCCACAUACGAGUUGUCAAAUCGAAGCCUGCGUGCCUCCGCACCCUGGUUCAAGUCUCAAGUGGUUCAAGUGGUUCACUUCUCCAUUGUGACAGGCAGCCGAGGGGGCGUCUCUGAGGAAGAUGCUGGGUUCAGAGCGCGGGGUUGUGGAAGAAUGGCUCUCAGAAUUCAAGUCCUUACCAGAAACCCACAUCCCCGGCUACGCGGGCAGCCUUCACCUGAAGAAGUCCCUGGUACCGGCCCUCUACAGAGUCAUCCAGGACCCCAACAAUGAGCUGCUGGAGCCCGUGUGCCACCAGCUGUUCGAGCUGUACCGGAGCUCAGAAGACCGCUUGCGACGCUUCACCCUGCAGUUCCUGCCCGAGCUGGUGUGGGUGUAUCUGCGAGUCACUGCCAGCAGGGACCGUCAGAGCAACGGCUGCAUCGAGGCCCUACUCUUGGGCAUCUACAACCUGGAGAUUGUGGACAAAGAUGGCAACAGCAAGCUCCUCUCCUUCACAAUCCCGUCCCUGUCCAAACCAUCGAUAUAUCACGAGCCAUCCAGCCUGGGGUCCAUGGCGCUGACGGAGGGAGCUCUCUGUCAACAUGACCUGAUCCGAGUGGUGUACAGCGGCCUCCACCCUCAGAGAGAGACCUUCACUGCACAGAACAGGUUUGAGGUGUUGUGUUUCCUCAUGCUGUGCUACAACUCUGCUGUGGUCUACAUGCCCCUCUCCUCCUACCAGUCAGUCUGCAGGAUGAGCUCACGGUUGUGUGUGUGUGGAUUCCCCCGGCAACAGCAGAAGCUUUGGAGGGAGCCGUGCAACCGCGUGCUGCUGGACCCGGAGUUCAUGGUGCAGAUGCUAACUGCCGUUUAUCACGCCAUAUACAAUGGAGAGUGGGAGAUGGGGCGAGAAGCUCUGGAGGACAUCGUGUACAGAGCCCAGCUGGAGCUUUACUCCCAGCCUCUCCUGCUGGGGAACGCCAUGAAAAACUCGCUGCCAGAAAGCGCUCCUGACGAGACGCGGGGGCGCAAGGUGCUCCAGGUGGAGGUGACGCCCACCAUUAGCCGUAUAUCCAUCUCAGCCAUCACCACCGCCUCCAUACGACGCCACCGCUGGAAGAGAGAGGAUUGUUUUGACUACUCAACCGAUGCAGAGUUGAGCCUCAUCGUCAAUCCUCCUAGCGUCGCCCAGCACCACCACCACCACCACCACCAACAACAACAACAACAGCAGCACCACACUCCCUGGGACCCCGCAGAUAACGAGGAAAGAGGAGGGCGGCAUCACAGCCACCACAGCAGCAGCAGCAGCAGCAUCAUUCCCCCCAUCACACUUGAGGAAGCCGAUGGCAUAAGCGUCGGCGAGGACUCCUUCAAUGUCAACGACCCAGACGAGGGGUUCUCCUCCGGGGCGUCCAACAGCAGCCAGCCCAGCGGCACCAAGGCCGGCGGCAGCGUGGGGCCGAGGGGCGGCAGCCUGAACAGCAGCAGCAGCAGCAUCAAGAGAGCCAUCACGUCCCGGCUGUCUCGGGACAAAGAGAAGGAGCGGGAGAAGGAGAGGGAGAGGGAGAGGGAGCGGGAACGGGAGAAGGAACGAGAGAAGGAACGAGAGAAGGAGGCCGAAUUGUCUGCGGAUCACCAGGCAGCCGUGAGGAGGCAUCACCAGAGGCAGCAGUCUCCUCCGGCCAGCAUCAACUUGGAUGCCAUCCACCUGAGCCCCAUAAAGAAGCACCUGAGCUUCCCCGUGGGGCCGGCGCUGGUGCGGACUGGCAGCACCUCCUCCAGCAAGUCCUUUGACUGCAUGAGUUUCAACCUGAACGGGGGCGGGGACGAGCGAGAGGAGGCGGCGGGGGGCUCAGACAAGGAAGGGGGGCUUCAGACGGGGGGCUCCCACCGCCACUCCACCAUAAGCCUGCAGGAGGAGCACCUGAUCAGGCCCGAGGAGGCCCGGGACCUCCUGUCCCCUGGAGCCCCCCUCACCAAGCAGUCACGCUCCCCCAGCUUCAACAUGCAGAUCAUAUCACAGGUCUAAUGUUCAGCAAAGGGGGCGGCAGACACACACACACACACACACACACACACACCAACACACACCAACACACACCAACACACACACACAAACAGCUACACACAACACUCGUGCAGUUUUUGUCUGCGACUCUUUACAGCUCUUCUAUGACAACUUCUGUCUAUCUGUGUGUGUGAGUGUAGAAAGUAAGAACACAUUUAACGUCCAUCCAACCCUUUUAACAUCCAUUCUAAUUGCAGUUGUGUCCUGCAGUCGUCGCUAGUGGGGGUUGCGUUACUGAGGACACGUGAAUCACGACUGCCCCGCUGCUGUAACUACAGUCGAGUGUAAAAGAGUCCAGCAUGUCAGUCAGCGCAUCCUCCCGUCUGACCGAGCUGAGCGUUCCACACAGAAACUCUCCUCAAAGGGAGAAUAUUAUGACAGAGAAGAAUUCGCUGUAGGUCAUGUGACAUUUCAGAUUUUUUUUUUUGUUUGUUUGUUUGUUUGAGUUCCUGACUGAAUCAGUCAAAAUGAAUCAGCAAUAACACUUACCGUCGCUCACAUGGAGAAGAGUCUGGGAUUAUUGCUCUUUCUCUUCGGUCCUUCCCUUUCAUUCCCGGGCUCACGUGCAAUCGAUUUUGCUGAUUUUAUUAUUAUUAUUUUUUUUCCAUCUUUAAUUUGGCACAAAUUCUUUUAUGAAGAGAAAUCUUUAAAUGUUUUCUUUUAAUUCACAUUUCCAAAGACUAUAUUCUUUUGGUUUGUUUAUCUUCACUAGUUUGACAAUAGUUUUACAGAAAUCAGUCAAACCCAAGUUUAGGUUUCAAUCUUUAUUUUAUUCUGCAUUUCUAAUAAUAUUUUCAAUCAACUUUUAAGAUUGUUGUAAAACCAAACUGGAAUGUGGAGAGCGGUUGUCAUGCCCCGAGCUUUUAACUGGACAUGUUUAAAAAAUAAUCAUUAAUGUGCAGCUAGAAGAGGAAAAAAAUAAUAAUUGUCUUGUGAUUUAAAAUCUGAAGCUGAAUCUCAUUGCAUUGGACAGUGCAGGUUUGUGUCUGAUGCUAAAGGAAAUGACUGUAUUUUAUAUUGGAUUGUUACUGUUGUUAAGACCAUUUAAUGGAUCCUUCCAUCUGAAAGCACUGGAUGGUGUGUUUGUGGGUCUGUGUUCUGGCUGAGGCUCGUGUGUGUUGUCGUGUCUGAGCCGGUGGAUUGCUGCCCUCUGGAGGCUCGUACUAGUCACUGCGCAUCAGCAGCCUCUGCCACGGUCGUCUCGUUUUGUGCUCUGAUUGGAUGCUCAUGAAACAUUUCGUUCUACCUCAUUGUGUGUUCACCUGCCACUCAGACACGUGUCUCCCAGUCAGAUGCAGAAUUUUGAGGUUUAAAACUGGAGUGUUGACCUGUUGGGGGACCAAAAAUGGUUUCACACUGUAAGGACACUAAAAUCUCUGUGUAUAAAAAUCAUGUGAGGAGUCGCAACUGAAUAUCUCGGCCUUGCAUUUCAGUUCUGUCGUGUGGUGAGCAAAGUCUAGCUCCAAAACAAGAACACACUGUCCCAAACCUGUCUCCAGGUUCUCGUAUUUCUUGUCAUAUAUCAAACAAUCACAUUUGGAAUUAACCUCAUUUCAAUUCCCUAAAACUGUCCUGCUUUAAUUACUUUUUUUAUGUUUGAAGUGCAAUUGUUUUAAUCCUCACGUGCAUGGAGUUGUAUCUUCUCUUCUGUGAAAUGCCUGCAUCUGCGCGCAGUGCUAGCUAGCCUUUCUGUAGUGCUCCCUGCCCAGGCUGAGUGAUUUGAACACAUCGCGCUUGUCUGCAUGUUUAGUGCCCUGCAAAGCACUGCUGUUUCAGAUGCAUGAAACAGCCAACGAGCCAAACCCAAUCUUGUCCUUGCCAGAUGUGCCAAUACACAUCCUCUCCUUAAGGAAGUAAAUAAUAAUAUUUUAUGCUCGGGUGUCUUAAUUUGAAAUGCCUAUUUCUUUCUGUACUCUGGUCUUAUUUUAAAGCUGAGGGACAUAAAGGGAUGACACACGGCUCAACGUGCCCUUAGAUGCAGCUUCACUUCUUUAUUCUUUUUUUCUCCCCCCACUCAUCACCUCUGCGCGACACACACUGUGCUUUCACAAUCAUCACUUAGUGUUGCUGUCCACGCGUAAAAGCAGUAUAUUAUGCGUCUGUGUACUGUAGAUGUCAGCUGUUGUAAUGCAUUUACCACGUCUUGCUCACGUGCUUGUUGAAAACAAGGGUGAAUGGUUUAAUGUAUAUAAAGUUCGGUGUGCAGUGAAAUCCCCACACAGCUGCUGCUCCUGGUCCUGAGCGAGUCCUGCGUGUGUGCGUUAGCCUUAAACAUUUCAGGCCAAGAGAAAGCCUCGGUGAUCGGCUCUUUGGCCUCGCACGCUCCUCCUCCUUCUCCUCCUGUUGGACCAGACUGUUGUUGAAGAAGAAGAAAGAGCUUGAGCUCUUACCUGGUCUGUCUGCUGUCAUCCCUGUGCUGUGGGGCUCUCAGAGAGCCGUGUUCCCCAUUUUGCUGUAUUUUGCUGUGAGUCGGGUGGCACCUUUUUUGCCGUUUUAAAACUGGUGACGUGUUCAUGUCAUUAAUACGAGUGCCCCUGACCAAGGUUACCAGCAGUCAUGUUGGUACUGUAUGUAGAGUAACAAAUAUCCCUCAGUGUGUGGUGUUAUUUGCAUGUGAUCGGGGCAGGAAAUGAACAUCGGCCAGUGAGUGUCAAAAAAAAAAUAAAAAUAACUGCCUGCGGCUGGAAAUUUUUAUCCGCCAUCUAUUUUGUCAGCAUAAUAAGCUCUUAAAGUCCUCUUGCAUUUCAGAAAACCUCUUUCAGUGAGAAUGUCUCAGCGGGUUUGCUCUUGAUCAGUCACUGCGGCUGGUGAAGAAAGUUCAUUUCCUGCCCUGCAUGUGAUAACUGUGGGCUUUGUUUUCAUACAGUAUAAUGCACUUUAAUCCAUCCACCUCUCUCGAGAUAGUUAUUGAAACGACAUAUAUAGAUGUGCAAAUGUGUAUACACUCAAUGCAGGGUUUUAGUCUCUUUAAAGUAGUACUUCUAUGGGAUGUCACACCCAACGCAAUGCUAUUUUUGUUAAAGUCUAAGGGUACAGCUAUUUAUUUAUUUUUUUUUUCAUUAUAAAACCAAAAAGAUAAUUUACGGGGUCUGGAAGGUCUCAGGAGUUUUUCAAAAAAAAAAGAAAAAAAAGCCACACUUCAAAACAAAAUGGCAGCACCAAAAUUUCUGUUCUUGACGUCAGAAUUGAUCCUAUGCAACAUUUUUUUCCCCCUUUUUUUAAAAAUUUUAUUUAAAUUUUUUGGUGGACGGUCUUUUAUUUAUCCUUGUCAGGUGGGAGGGGGGCACAUGCAUUUAAGAUGAUUUUUAUUUAAAGGUGCAAGCCCUCCAAAGUAUCCCCAUUCAGUGAUUCUGUUUCUACACCCUGCUGUGGUGCUACAGAGCAAAGGACUUCUCUUAAAGAGGACCAUCCGUUCGUCAUCCCUCCCAGAGAGAAAGCGGCACCUGGACUUUAGGUGCAUGUCGAGCCCUCCUGUCAGUGUGCUGCUCUGUGGCUCAAACACAUCAGUCGGUGUAAGAAAUAAACAGCUUAGCGAUGAUGAAUCGAAUCUAAAUGCUUCGAAGGAAGCUGCUGGAUGAUGCGAUAACACUGUACUAAUGAUGUAUAAAUGGAGAGAAAGACUUAUUUUAAAUCUUGUAAAUAAAGAAAUGUACAAAACUCAAAGCAAGACAAAUAUAAAAAAAAAACUGAAGAUAAGUCUGAAAUGUAGAGAGAAAUAAUCUGUAUAUUGUUGAAUAAAUAUUGUGCCGUAAGGGA